GAGAGAAACACACUCGCCGCCGAGCCACAUCAUCGUUUAUAUUUAAAAUUACCCGCUUGGUUUCCUCACCUGUCAUAGCCACGGUUUUUUCGAGUGUUUGUGCUAUUAAGAUCAGCAAUUCAGCACACACUCUCUCUCUCUCUCUCUCUCUCUCUCUCUCUCUCUGCCAUGGACCCGAGUAGCAGGUGCCUCUUGUCAGCCGACGACAAGAGCUCUGAGGGGACCCCCUCCUAUACCACCCAUACAAAGGGUGAGAAAGGGACACCCAGCGGGGAUACUGACCAGGAGCAAGAGUUUACACAAGACACUCAUCAUCCGGCAUCAGGAGACUAUGUCUCUUCUAUCGGAAAAAAAUCAGUUCAAUCGUCAGAUAAGAUAUCUAACCCUACGCGCUUCAGUUCCUGUGGAGUCAGUCGGAAGCGAGAUACAGUUCGCAAACCAAGCCUCAGAUUCAAGCCUAUGCGAGAUUCGACCACGGGGGUUAGUGAGCGGCUUACCAAGAGGGAUUCUCAGACCACAUUCGUCCUGCCACCUACUGCUGAUUCUUCCCUGGGCAGAAAAGAUUCAUGUGGUAUUCUGUUCUCUCACGAUCGUCACUCGCGAAGAGUCAGGAGAAAGCCUUCCCUCAUGAGCCUCCCAACCUCACAAUGCUCAGACUAUGGCCUGACGCGUCAAUUCACGCAGUUUGAUGAAACUUCUCUAGAUUCGACGAGAAUGAAACGCGACUCGCUUGUAAGUUGUACCUCCGUACAUGGCACAAUCUUGAAGCCUUCCAUCAUGGCUCAGGGCGAGAUGUUCUCCAAGUGUCAGCGACAAAAGCAGUGGCUUAUGGCCAUCCACGCCUCCGACCCGGACGAGACGCUGCCGAUGCUGAAGAAGCCUGUCUUUCUGGUCGACGAUGGAGGCAAAAUUACACAGCAAACGGUGGCGUCAUGGAUGAAGGAAAACCUACUGCUGGUGAUGACCAUCCUAGGCGUGGUGUUGGGUGUGGGCGCUGGCGCGUUCGCCCGCACCAUUGAGUACUCCUCCCAGACGGUCAUGCUCGUGUCCUUUCCUGGCGAAAUAAUGAUGCGGAUGCUGAAGAUGCUGAUUCUUCCUCUGAUUAUCUCCUCCAUUAUCACAGGUGUGGCCCAGCUGGACGCCACAGCAUCGGGACAAAUGGGAUACCGAGCUCUGGCCUACUAUUUUGGCACAACUGUCUGCGCAGCCGUCACCGGGAUCUUGUGCGUCGUGCUCAUCCAUCCUGGCAGUCCCACUCUCCUCAAGCACUCUACAGGGGAACAGCCGGCCAUCCUUAGCGGCGGGAACAAGAUCACCACUCUGGAUGCUUUCCUCGACAUUGUGAGAAACAUGUUUCCAGACAACCUGGUGAUGGCAAGCUUCUCCUCCACCAAGACAGUCUACAAGGAGAUUCAAAUCGCCCCACGGCUCAACGACUCCCUGGAAAACGACACGAUGCGGUCACUGCUCAACGACACCACUUUCAACGACACAGCCACCCAGACCAAGUACGAACGUUCCCUCACCAGCUCCGAAGGAACCAACGUGAUGGGGAUGAUUGUGUUCUGCGUGGCCUUUGGAUCACUCAUCGGUCGAAUGCCACAGGGAAAACUGAUGGUCGACUUUUUCAUCAUCCUGAAUGAUGUGGUGAUGAAGAUGGUAGAGAUCAUCAUGUGGUAUUCUCCCUUCGGCAUCAUGAGCCUUGUAAUCGGCCAAAUCAUGAGCAUACAGGACCUGCGAGAGACAGCCCAAAUGCUUGGUCUGUACAUGCUGACGGUGAUCACAGGGCUAUUCAUCCACGCCGUGCUGACACUGCCGCUCAUGUACUUCAUGGUGACGCGCAAGAACCCAGCUACUUUCUUCAAGGGCAUGGUACAGGCCUGGAUCACCGCGCUGGGCACUGGUUCCAGCUCUGCCACGUUGCCCAUCACUUUCCGAUGCUUGGAAGAAAAUAACAAGAUAGACAAGCGUGUAACGCGUUUCGUGCUUCCCGUGGGAGCCACCAUCAAUAUGGACGGCACGGCACUUUACGAAGCCGUUGGUUCCAUCUUCAUCGCCCAGAUGUAUGGCAUCCAUUUGGGUCCAGGAGAGCUGGUCACUGUCAGUCUCACCUCGACCCUGGCCAGCAUCGGUGCGGCGAGCAUUCCCAGCGCUGGCCUGGUUACUAUGCUGCUCGUGCUCACCGCCAUCGGCCUUCCAACCGAGCACGCCUCACUCAUCUUUGCUGUCGACUGGAUAUUGGAUCGCGUCCGCACCUCCAUCAACGUGUUGGGGGACGCCUUUGGGGCUGGUAUCGUGAUGCACUUGUGUCGCGAGGAGCUGGAGCGUAUGGGUCCAGCCCAACCCUCGAUCGAGAUGCUGGACCGAGUGGAGUCAGGCCUCCUUCCUACACACACACCGUUAGCUGCCUCGCCACAGCCACCAAUUUCCCCCUCACAGACCUCGCAAAAGGACCUUGUGGCUAUGACUGAGAAGGGUAACGGGCAACUCUGCUGGGGCAGCAACACCGACAAGGGAUCAAAUUCAGAGACGCAGAUCUGAACAGCGAGGAACGGCGUUACGCCCUUUCAAAAACCUGAGAGUGGACCUCAGUGUCUAUUGAUGUCACUACUAAAUGCAAAAUCCCAGUUAUAGUUUGACCUCGUGUUGUACUGAACCAGCGACUCUGCUGAAGGAGAAUUCAUAUGACACACACACACACACACACACACACACACACACACACACACACACACACAUACAUGCACACAUACAUA